AUGACAAACUUAGAAAACAUCUGUGGCAAGUUUAACUCCUCAAUAGAGAAUAUGAAACUUAUAGUUUGCAAUGAACUUCAAAGUAUAGAUACAACAAAAGUUUUGAACUCAGAUGCUUUGAAGAGUCUUAUAACAGACAAAGUUGGAGUUGUUGAAAGAAAAUAUAAAGACCAAAGAGUUUGUGAAAAUGUUGCAAACUUCAUUAUGGUUUCAAACAAUGCUGUUCCGAUGAAGUUAGAAAGUUCUGACAGAAGAUAUGUAGUUGUCAGAACGUCAGAUUCUCAUAUGCAAGAUACAGAAUAUUUUGACGACUUAGCAGAAACUUUGACAUCUGACUUUUACAACCACUUGUUCUCAUAUUUCAUGACAUUAGAUAUUUCUAAGUUCAAUCCAAGACAAAUUCCACAUACCGAAGAGAGACAAACAUUGUUAGAAGCAAACAAGAGUGUAUAUGAACUGUUCAUAGAUGAAACUGACUUUGUGUCAUUAGAUGAAAGGUCAUUGUACGAUUCGUAUAAACAAUAUUGUCAAGAAUAUGGUUAUAUGACAGCUUCUAAACGAACAUUCUUGGCAAAUGUCAAAAGUCUUUUAGACGUUCAGAAUGGUGUAUAUACAAAGAAAAUUUUUUCUGAGUAA